GCAUCUUUGAUAAUUAUAAAUGUUAUUAUUGUGUUUUGGGAUAUAAUUUCCAGAAAUAAAUCCGUUGUUGUGAACAUAUAUAUGGAAUAACCAGUGAUGUAUACAGUUGGAAUUCUGUAGUGUAAUAUGAGUUACGGUGAACCAGAAAGUGAUAUGCAAUUAUUAAUAAUGACGCCGGCGUCAAACUUGACGUCAACAUUAUACCAGAUACUCAUCGCAAUGCAAAUGGACCAAAACAUGACGUCCGAAAUACUUGCUCUACCACCAGAGGAUCAGUUACUCUUCAUUGAAUCGAUGAAUCUAAACUCGGACGUACAAUCGAUUGACCUGGAGGAUCAGAGAAUGCUUAUUCCUGAAUACAGGAUUAACAAAGCCAUAGGCCUCUACCUACCUCCAUUUCUCCUACUGAUGGGGACGUUUGGGAAUAUCAUGACCUUUCUCAUCUUGAGAAAUAAAGCCAUGACUAGGCAAUCCACGAAUUUGUUCUUGGCAGCUCUCGCAAUCGCCGACUCGAUAGUUUUGUUUGUUGGCUUGCUGCGACGAUGGCUAGGUGAUAUUAUGCAAGUGGAUAUCCAGAGCAAGUCAGAUUGGCUAUGUAAGACAGUGUCGGUUUUUGGUUACAGUAGCAGCCAGUUUUCUGUGUGGUUAAUCAUCGCAGUAACGAUUGAACGGUAUCUGGUGGUAAGCCAUCCUCUUCACACUUCUCGUUACUGCAACCUUACACGCGCUAAACGUAUCAUAUGUUUAAUCGCGUUGUUGAUCGUGGCCAUUAACUUUCAUUUUUUGUUCACAGUGUCUGUGCAAGAACACGAACAUGGGUUAAAAUCAUGUGACUCAGCGCCGCAAUUCAAGAUACUAGUAACAAUUGUUUGGCCAUGGAUAGACGCUUCACUUUAUGCGCUGUUACCAUUCGUCCUCAUUGUCGUAUUUAAUACCCUGAUUAUUGUUCAAAUAUUGAAAGCUACGAUCUGGCGUGCGGCUCAAAAUGGACCGCUAAUAAAUACUGCAAAUAAAAGAAAUGUGUGCAAAGACAAUAACAUAAAAUUAACCGUAAUGCUUUUGUCUGUGUCUUUUACAUUCCUUAUUACUACAUUUCCGAUGGCAAUUGUAAUGGUUUUUCACAGUGGAUGGAGUAGGGAUAUCGAGACCGUGCCGUUAAGUGUUAUGGCACAGCGACAAUUGAUAAGGACCUCAGCUGAGAUGUUGAUGUUUCUGAACCACUCUGUGAAUUUCUACUUAUACUGUGCCCUUGGACAAAAAUUCAGAAACCAGGUUUGGAAAACGUUGUGUAGGAGGACUGUAUCUGCAAAUUCAAACCUCUCUGACCAUAGCCAACAUCUUUAUUGCUCGCGUGUGAAAGGCUAUCACAAUCACAACAAGUCCACUUGUUUUGACGAGACAAACUUAUGA